UCAUGCUGCUGCAGGUCCAGAGUCUCUCUCAUGGGUCCCUGUACGGCCUCCCAUUGCUGCUGUCUCCAUCGCCACACUCUGCCAUGUGCCACUUUCAGGUCUCCUCACACUGCUGGUGUGUUACAUUUUUUGUCAUAGGGUGCUGGCAGAUUACGGGCCUCCCAUAGCUGCUGCCAGGCCCCUAAUCUGCCAUGGGCCCCUAUAUACCGCCUCCUCAUGCUGCUGCCAAGUCCAGAGUCUCUCAUGGGUCCCUGUACGGCCUCCCAUUGCUGCUGUCUCCAUCGCCACACUCUCUGCCAUGUGCCACAUUCAGGUCUCUUCACACUGCUGGUGUGUUGAAUUUUUUGAC